AAAUAGAAAACAAAACAAAAAGCAUUACACACAGUCUUUCUUUAGUUACUGUAUUCAUUGUUUUGGUGUGUAUUUCACAGAGUAGUGAUGUGUUUUCUAUUUUUUCAAGUUCACAAUGAACUCAAGUGAAAUCAGGCAAAAAAUUAGUAAUAAUUGAAGACGAUAUUAUUAAAAACAUAUUAAAUGAAAUAAUUGAUUACGGUAUAAAGAGCACCAGAGUUUUGGAAAUUGUUGCUGAAAAGUCCAUUCAAAGACGUGUGGAGAAAAUGUCAGCCAAAAGGCAAUAAUAACCAUUGUCAUGGGGCAUGACUGACGACAACUGGCUGGCAUUACAGUGAGGAACAAAAGAAAGUGAAUAGUGAUGUAUAAUUGAUUUCUGUGUAUGACGUUCGUCCCAAGUCCAAAUCUGACGUGUCAAGUUUUCAUUUAAAUCAAUUUUAAAUUUCGUAUAUUCUACUAAAAACUUACCUAUAAUUUUCUAAUGAAAUCAAAAUUCGACGACACCUCUGAAAUGUUGCGGCUCAAGCCAUUAAAUGGUUUUCCACCAUUAUUGCAUUCUCUCAAUGCUGCUACCACCGUCCAAUUUCCAAAAUUAGUCAAUGAAACAGCUGAGGCAUCGAAUGUCUCACGUUAUGAAUACACAAUCGAUGGUAAGGCGGCCACCGCCAGUCGUUUGGGUGCAGCUGGAAAGGACAUUGCGACACAUCUCAACAUGUCGACAAGGAGCGGCGAAAGUGCAACAAAUCUUACAGCUUUAACCUGGGCUCAUGCUGUCAAUAGCCAAAAGGAGCUAACGGAUGCGUUGCAAAGUGACAUUGAUAUGAUUGAGGCUGAUAUUGUUAUGGGCAAGAUUAAUAAUACCGGCCCGGAUAUGCCAGUGAUGGCUCAUCCACCAGCAAAUAGUUCCGAUAUAUCCCUUGAUUCAUUUCUACAGCAAAUCAAAAUAUACAAUGAUGAAAAUGCAGAGAAAAUGAAGGGAGUGAAGUUAGACUUUAAAUCGAUUGAGGUGUUCGAAGGAGCUUUAAAGACCCUGGAGGCCAAAAUACCCGAGAUGACUUACCCCAUAUGGCUGAAUGCCGAUAUUAUAAGUGGUCCGGUAAAUCAAAACAAUACCAUACCCGUUGAUCCGCAACGUUUCUUUGCUGGCUCAUCACAAUUCCCUCAAGCCGUGCUAUCGAUUGGUUGGACAACACGGUGGUCUUCGGAUUACAAUAACGGCUCGUAUACGCCCCAAGAAAUAGAUGCCAUGGUGGUGGCCAUUAAAACCAAUAAUGUCACCGAAACUGGACAGCCAAUAACAUUUCCGGUAAGGGCUGGCAUUGCUGCCAAUAGCCAGGAAGAAUUGCACGAUUUAGUAAAAGCUGUCAAUGGCACGAAUAACAGCACUCUGACCAUAUGGUCAUCUCAAAAUGAUUACGUUGAUGUUGCCAAGCUACGAGAAUUGAUUUUUUCAUUUGGCUUUGAUCGUGUAUACUUAGAUGUACCCGAAGAGCUGUCAAGUCAAUUGGAUUUGGGACGAACGGAGAAUGGUGGUGGUGGAAAUGAUGGUAAUGGUGCCGCUACGAUCAGCCCGGCAUUGACGUCUUUGGUGAAUUUCAGUUUAAUUAGUGCUGGUCUUUAUUUGUUUAGCUUGUAUUGGGAUAAAAUUCGUCUCUAAAGUUCGAAGACGGAACUAUGAGGUGAAUUUAACGACGUGACUAAUGUACUCUAUGACGAUUUUUAAUGACAAUAUGUGUAUGUAAUAAAAAUUAAUUAAACAACUAAA